GAAGCCUUCGACUUGCGAACUUACCACUAGCGCGUCCAAGUCUAGUCGAACUUGCUGUAUAAUUUGCAAUUAGUUUCGUGACACUGCUGUAUAUUUGCUAUAGUUCGUGAUCUAAACAUACUUUUAUUUUUUAAUUUUUCCGUGCCGCUCAAGUUUUAGUGGGCUACGUAUCGCAGAUUAACAUUCGACCUGAACUCUUCAUAAGCAGCUCACAAACAUUACUUGAAUAACAUUUUUUUACACAUCACAUAAUAAAAUAUGGCUCGUGUUCUCGUUGGAGUUAAGAGAGUGAUCGAUUAUGCUGUCAAGAUACGCGUCAAGCCAGACAAAACUGGCGUAGUAACCGAAGGUGUCAAGCACUCGAUGAACCCUUUCGAUGAAAUCGCAAUCGAGGAGGCCGUACGCAUGAAGGAAAAGAAAACCGCACAAGAAGUGAUCGCCGUGAGCUGCGGGCCGGCUCAAGCUCAAGAAACCUUAAGAACGGCUUUGGCUAUGGGCGCCGACAGGGGAAUACACGUGGAGAUAUCCGCCAAAGAAUACGAGACUCUGCAGCCGAUUCACGUCUCCAAAAUCUUGGCCAAACUCGCCCAGGACGAGAAAGCAGAUUUGGUGUUGGUGGGAAAACAAGCGAUCGACGACGAUUGCAAUCAAACGGCUCAAAUGAUCGGUGGUGUGCUCAACUGGCCGACCGCCACGUUCGCCAGUAAGAUAGAACAUGGCCAAGGUGAACUGACAGUGACCCGCGAGGUUGACGGUGGAUUGGAAACGAUAAAAGUUAAGACACCGGCGGUACUGAGCGCUGAUUUGCGCUUGAACGAGCCGCGCUAUGCUACACUGCCAAAUAUCAUGAAAGCUAAGAAGAAACCUGUAAAAAAAGUCACCGCCGCGGAUUUAGGAGUUGACAUCUCGCCGAGGAUCGAGGUUGUCUCGGUGGAAGACCCUCCAGUUCGUCAAGCUGGUUCUAUUAUUCCAGACGUCGACACGUUAGUUGGAAAGCUGAAGGAAGGUGGUCACAUUUAAUCUACAAAAGCUCCGAGCAUCGAGUAUACAUAUUCUUAUUUUUGUAAUUGUUGAUUAUUCAUUAUAUACGUUUUAUUGUAA